AUGGCGGACGACAGCGUUCCUUUGCCUUAUCCGAACCUUAAAGUUCCGCAGUGGCAAUACCAAAUUGCCAGUGUCCCGCGACUCCGCGAUGCGGCCAGCACGUCCUUCUGGGAAGCGGUGGAGAAAGACGUCCAGCCUCCCAAGACUGAUCUUCUUCCCCAACUGGAGGAGCGAAACGCCGCGGAAUUGAAAACCCUUGAAGACAAGCUGAAGGAUGCUGAGGAGAAUCUGGGAGAAAGCGAAGUGUCAGAGCUGCUGCGGGCCAAGGCCAUGUAUCUUUGUCGCAUCGGCAGCAAAGCUGUCCCUGCUUUAGAGACAGCGUUGGAGAAGACGACGGGACUUGGGGCGAGGAUCGACCUCGUCCUCGCCCUCGUGAGGAUGGGCCUCUUCAGCUCCGACGUCCAGCUCAUCGAUUCCGGUGGCGAUUGGGACCGACGUAACCGACUGAAGGUGUACAAGGCCCUGCACCUUCUUUCGAUUCGUGACUUCAAGCAAGCGGCCGAGCUGUUGAUCGAUUCUUUGUCUACUUAUACGGCCACAGAACUGAUGGAAUACGAGGAGUUUGUCGCGCUAACGGUACUCGCUGCCGCUGUGGGCUGCGACCGUAAGACGUUGAAAUCCAAGGUGAGCUUCCCUGCCAGGCUCGCUUCUGACGUGGAGAUUCUGUCCAGCUCCGAGGUCAACAGCUGUGUAUCUUCGAUUACCCCUCUAACUACGAUGGCCGACUCUCUCUACAAAAGUAGUUACGCGGCCUUCUUCGUUGCUCUCGCCGACGUAGAGCAGACGUACCUGGUGACCAACCCUAUUCUUGCCCCGCAUGCCCGGUACUAUGUGCGAGAGAUGCGCAUCAAGGCAUACCAACAGCUUCUGGAGAGUUACCGCAGUCUUACGCUGGAGCGGAUGAGCCGCUCGUUUGGUGUCAGCGAGGCAUUCAUCGACCGUGACCUUUCUCGAUUCAUUGCGAGCGGACGUAUCGCUUGCACGAUCGACAAGGUCAGCGGCGUGAUCACAACCGACAAGCUUUCCUCCCAGAACAAGACUGCCAUCUAUGAGCAGUUCCUGAAGCAGGGUGACCUGCUGCUGAGCGCGGUCUCGGCGACUCCGUCGACUGCCUCGCCAGCAGCUGACGACACCCGCUUGUGGCUCGAAGACUAUUUUCAGCUGUCGCAGUAUCCCGACCUCACGAAACUGUAUCAGGCAUGGGAGGAGCGAGAUCCGGCUCUCUUCGGUAAAACAGAACUGAACGCGAAGGCUGUCGGUGUGCGCGUCUUGCGUCAGGACCCUUGGGACUUUAUCACAUCGACCAACAACCACAUCACGCGCAUAUCCUCGCUGCUGCACAAACUCUGCAUCGCGUUCUCCUCACCAGUCCUCACGCUCGAUAACCCGGACGGGCAAGGACAAACUACCUACCACCUGUUCCCGAGAGCUGAGCACAUCCCUUUGAUCGGCCUCGAACAGGUUCUACGAGAUCUUGGGUUUGGCUACAGGGCUGCCUUUAUCGCGUCGACACUCAACUCAUUGCGCGUCUUUGACAAUGUUGAUGAGGAGCUCGCUCGAUGGCGCGCGGCCCCGCUGGAGGAGACGCGUGGACGCCUCCUUGAGCUUAAAGGAGUGGGCCGCAAGGUAGCAGACUGUGUGCAGUUGAUGUGCAUGGAUCAAUUGUCUCUCGUCCCCAUCGACACCCACCUGCACAAGAUCGCCAUGCGUCACCCUUCGUUUCCUUCGAGUCUCAAGGCUAAGCGUAUGUCACCAGCUAUCUAUGGCGACGUCCAAUCAUUCCUCGCCGAGUGCUGGGGUCCCUGCGCCGGCUGGGCCCAAGCCGUCAUGUUUGCCAAAGCUGUCCAAGCUGGUGGCUCUUCGAGAGUCGCAACGAGCAACGCAGACUCUGUUGGAGUGAAGAUGGAGGACGCGGACUCGAGCACACUCGUUAAGCGAGGCUCGGAGGAGAUGCUCAGCAUCGGCAACCCGAAACGGAUACGCAGGGCAACCAGCCAUGCUCGCAGCAAGAGAUAA